CAGUUACCAAAAUCAAAAGUUCAUCCACAAACAGACUGGAAGAGUCGCUAACCUUCCAGGACCAGCAAUGUUUCAUGUAAAGCAAAAUGCUAGCCAGUUCCUUGACUUUGCAAACACUUUGCUUGAAGCAAAGUACGAAUUCCAACAAGUUCAGUACGUUGGCAGAGACAGAAGCCAAAGUCAAAAGGUUUUCCUCAAACCUUUGAAAGGAGCAAAAUUCUUGCCUUGUAAAAAACAUCUGGAAGACGACACGAAGCCGAAGAUGUCUACUCUGGGAAUCAAACUUGAUGAGCAGCGAAGCAGACUAAAGGACAUAUUUGGAAGUGUUGAAGAUGGAGAAAAAGGGCUUGUUGACUCUGAUAACUUGGUUGAAUUUGACAAAAGGCUUCAAGUGCUCAAGGCUGUCUGGAAUCCCGAAUUCUGGGACUAUUUUGUCGCCUAUGUUGCUGAUGACAUGAAAGAAGGAAUGGCUCCUGAAAUCAGAAGAAUCAUUGGUUUGAAGGAUGACUUCUAUUACGACAACGCCCUUGAGUGUCAAAACUUCCGCUACAAGCACAAAAUUGAAGAAGCGAAAAAGGAGAAAGAACCUGGAGUUAAGACUUCGGAAUGCUCUUGGGUGGAGGCCAUUGAGACAUACAAGAUGAUGCUGCAAGAGGCCAGAAAUAACAUACGAAGAGCUGUAAUUGGAAAAGGGCCAUUUCAAUUGGUACCAGAGUUUUCAGACCUAGAAUGCAGUGAGCAGCAAUGGAUGGAGAUGACUCCCGAGGAAUGCAGAAAGCAUCUUGCCAAGUUUGAUCCAUUUGUGGGCAUUGACAAGUUGUGCACAAGUGAUGCCAUACUACCCAUGCCUAGUACUGGCAACAGCUCCCAAUCGUUUUCAAGCAAGAGUCACGAAAUGUCUAAGAAGUUUUCCAGUGAAGGCGAGGAAGGAUUCAAAUGAGAAGAUGUGCCAGAUCUGAAAACAAGUGCAAGUGAAGUGAAAGUAGUUCCAAGUUCUGAGGCUAAAGGAUCAAGUUGAAGAGUGGUACUUCCCAGUGUAACUUCAACAUGUAUAUCAUCCACAGUAACAUUGUCUGGGUCCUCCACAGAUGCAACCAAUGAAAGUUUUUCUUUAGGAGAAAGUGCAUGUGCCAGAAAUAUUGGAGAGUUUCAAGACUCUGGGCUCCCCGAGUACCUC